AUUAAUGAAGUCUUUCUCAGAUACACAUCUAUCAAGCAUAUCAAAAUGCAGACUUUAAAACUUUUCAGAACAGCUGGGUCAUAGCUCUGCGCUACACCAAUGGUCGGGAAAAGCAAGAAGGUCGUUUGGCAUUUGGUGAUCAACGUGUAGGAGAAAAAGGGCGAAAUCGGAGGGCUCUGAUUGAGAGAAGAUUAGGGCUUCUGGGGAAUUUGUUCAUCCUUUAUGAAUAGGGGAUUUAUUUCGGAUGUAAAAUGAGGGAGCCGACAGAGAAAAGAAAAAAAAAAGAGAGACAAGAAGAAGAUCCGAGUGCCUUGGGUUGCUGGCAGGAGGAAUUUCGAGUUCCCUACUGCUUGUAAUUUGAUCUGGAAUUUAGAUUGUGGUGCUCAAAGUUUGACAACAGAAGGAUUUCUAAGUUGCCAAUCACCAUGGAUGAGAGAAUGAGAGAGGUUUCUGAAGCAGGAAAUGUUAGUGAUUUGUAUGAACUGAUUCAACAGAAUCCAUAUGUUUUGAAGAGCAUUGAUGAAUUUCCUUUUGUUGACACUCCCUUGCAUAGAGCAGCCUCCGAAGGGCAUAUUGAUUUUGUUAUGGAAAUUAUGAACUUAAAGCCAUCAUUUGCAAGGAAACUAAACCCAUCUGGGUUUAGCCCGAUGCACCUUGCCCUCCAAAAUGACAAAAAUCUGGUAGCAAGUGAGCUUUUGAAAGUUGACAAAGAUCUGGUUCGUGUCAAAGGGAGUGGUGGUUUAACACCUCUUCAUCUUGCAGUUGAACAAGGAAAAUUGGAUAUUAUGGCUGAAUUUCUCGAUGCUUGCCCUGAAUGCAUCACAGAUGUGACCAUUCAAGAAAGGGUGGAGAGAGGACUUGGAGGAAAAGGAGAGGUACCCAGAGUUCCUUCUUUUGAUAAGGUUAAAAUUAAUUUUCUUUGUUCAUCUUCUGUCAUUAUAUAGCAGAAAUCUUAUAAUACAUAAACAAUAAUUUCUACC